AUGGUGCCGCCGCCACCGCUCUCCGGCUCCGCUCGGGCCGCGGCUCCCGCUCGGCCGCGCUGCCUCUGGGGCGAGUGUGUUUUGCGCGCGGACGGGGAGGGGGCGGGGGACGGAGGCGGACAGGGAGGGGUGUCCCCCAGCUCCGCAGCGCCCCCUGGUGGCUCCGCUCCGCCACUCUGGCCCUGCAGUGCGCACUCGGCCGGCCUCUCCCUCCGCUGUCCCGGAAGCCCGAGCUGGGACCUGCGCUCAGCUCGCAGGCAGAAGGGACUCAGAUCACCCCUUACCCUGGCAGGCGGAAGAGCCGUGGGCCGGGGCGGAGCUCCCUGGGAGGGGUGGGGCGGGGCGGGGCGGGAGGGACGCGCGCUGAACCUCAGCUCCGGCCCGGCGGGAACAAACCGCCGACGUGCCGGGAGCUCCGCUCGGGUGGCUGGAGGAGGGUCCUCUUCCUCCCCCGCUCCCUCAAACCCUCGGCACCCUGGAGCCGCCGCCUUCAGUGCGCCCAGCCUCUGGAAGCUAAGGCUGGCGCGGGCGUCCGCCGGAGCCGGUAGAAGGGCGACAGCCCCCACCCAACAUCGCCAGGGCCGCCAGAGCCGAGGCGUCGCCGGACGCGAGCGGGGCCCGGAGACGCCCGGACCAGCACCGCCCGAGCGGCCCGCCGGGGCCCGGCGACUUCCGGCUCACGCGGGAAAGAAGCAGAGUGGGCGCUCGCAGCCUCCGGCCUCGCAGAGGUUCUCUCAGAGAAGCACGUGGACAGAAAGCAACCCUGCCUCUAGGUGGAAGAGUUUCUGUACUGCUCGUUUUUUUCUUCCCCAGUUUCCAGGACAAUUUGCCUCUACUGGAACAGGGGAAGACACCAACAAAAAAAAAAAAAAAAAA